CCCUUUUCCUUUUGUCCCUCCCUCCCUCCCUCCCCUCCCUUUCUUUUCCCAGAGCACGCACUGGUUUUUCUCCUAUUCACACAGCACCCCGCCACCAACCGCUUUCGCAGCUUUCCUUGCUCCUCCGUCUCGGUCUUCGUCUCUAUCUCCUCCUCCCCACGCACGCACGCACGCCCCCCCCUCUUCUCCUCCUUCCAUCCCUCCCCCGCUUCCCUUUUUGUUUUUUUUUUUUUUUGGGGGCUUCUCCCGCUGCUUUAGAUUCUUUUCGUGUCCUACUUUCCUUGAAAUCGCCUUCUCUUUUAUUAAUUUUCUUUCUUGUUUUUUCUCGCUUUAUUAUUGGAGCUCACUCCCCCACCCCCCCCCCUUUCAAGAAUCAAGCCAAUUCCUCUGCGUUUCGUGCUUCACUUUAACUCCCUCCUCCCUCCUCCCCUCCUCCUCAUCCUCUCUCCCUCACCCCUUUUCUGCUAUCUUUAUAUCCCUGAAGAAUAUCUCCACGAUCUUCCCCUCCCUCCUCUCUCUCUCUUCGCUUUUUGGAUGUCAUCCACAGCGAAAACCGAAAGCUGAUUCAACCCCUUCUGCGAAAUGAUGCCUCCCAUCAAGUUCACUGAACACUGCACUCACACCGUGCUCGUGACACCCGACCAUCUCAACAGCCCGAAAAGCCGACCCGAAAUGAACCCCAGAGUCCUCAGAAUAUCGUACACGGACGCCGACGCCACGGACUCCUCCAGCGACGAAGAGGCCGAGCCGUUCCCCCGCCGGCGAAUCAAGAAGUUCGUCCACGAGAUUGCUAUGCAGCCCGGUAGCGACGGGGGAGGAGCGAAGGCCAAACGCCGGAAGGCCUCGUCCGGGAAGUCCGUGAUUCCGGUCGGUCGCCGGGACCCGAAGGCGUCCGCCGGGAAGAAGUUCCGGGGCGUGAGGCAGAGGCCGUGGGGAAAAUGGGCGGCGGAGAUUCGAGACCCGACGCGACGGGUGCGGCUGUGGCUGGGAACAUACGACACGGCCGAAGAGGCCGCCAUGGUUUACGACAAGGCGGCGUUACAGCUGCGCGGGCCGAAUGCGCCCACCAACUUCUCUACGCCGCCGCAGUCAGCACAAUCUAUUCCGUCCCUGCCGCCGCCGAAGAACUGUACCGUCCCUCCUCUGCCACUGACUGUAGCUGCGGCGACGGCGGCCAGCUCCAGCUCAGUGUCCGGCGAGGACUCGUCUCGCCACGUCUCUUCUCCGACGUCAGUGCUCCGGGGCGUCUCCAGCGAGGAAGCCAAUUCGUCUAUCGACGAAUCGGCAACAAAGGACUCGUGGGUGUCGAAGAACUUCUCGGAGCGCUCCGACCGCUCGCCGUUGGACUUGCUCCUGCCGGACGAAAUCUUCGAUUUCCAGAGUUCCGGUUGGGACUUUUUCGACGACUUCCCCAGCUUCGGCGACGGAGUCUUGCAGGACGACUGUGAUUACGGCGAUGUGGUCGCCAACCUCGGCGACGAUCUCGGGCUCAGGUUCGACUGGAACGUCAACGAUCAUUUUCCCGACAUCGGGGACAUAUUCGGGUCGGAUCCCCGCGUCGCCAGGUGAGAGCUUUUCAAAAAAAAAAAAACAUUGAGAAAAACAAGAGAAAUGCAAGAGUUUUGGAGAUUUCCCUGCUGUGAAUGGCUGGUUUUGUGGCAAAGUUUUGUAACUGGGGAAAAUACAUUGUCGGCGGUGUUUUGCCUUUUUUUUAUAAUUAUUUAAUUGCAUUAUCUUGAUUCGAUAUUUUUAGCAGUGUAAGUAUAAAAUCAUAUCAUCCGCAAUUUAACUCCGGAAUAUGUCUGAA